GGAUGCUUGGGGGAGUUCUAGUAAUUUUUCACUUAUUUUCUCUCCCUGUCCUCUUUUUUGCCGAUUUCGAAUCAUCACUCUCUCUCUCUAACGCUCAAAACAUGAAGGGCGGGCUAACUACGAUCUUCUUUCCCAAUUGUAUCACUUUCUGUUAAGAAGUCAUGGCGUCCACUUCGUCAGUAGAGCAGCAGAAGAAGAAGGGCGUAGAAGAGGAAGAAGGAGGAGAGCCUCCUCCAUCGUCAAUGGCGACCACUGUGAAGAUGGCAAAGGACUUCUCCUUGGAUCAUCACCUCCGUUACCAUCUCUUCGGGGGUCUGAACAAGCAUGGGAAGAGAGAGAGGGGCUCCACUGCCAAAGAAAGGAUCAGCAAGAUGCCUCCUUGUGCCGCUGGCAAACGCAGCUCCAUUUACAGGGGAGUUACCAGACAUAGAUGGACUGGGCGCUAUGAAGCUCACCUUUGGGAUAAAAGUACAUGGAACGAGAACCAGAACAAGAAGGGAAAGCAAGUUUACUUGGGUGCAUAUGAUGAGGAGGAAGCUGCUGCUAGGGCCUAUGACCUUGCUGCUCUCAAAUAUUGGGGCCCUGGAACACUCAUUAAUUUCCCUGUUACUGAUUAUACAAGAGAUGUUGAAGAGAUGCAAAUGUUUUCAAGAGAGGACUACCUCGCAUCGCUUAGGAGAAAAAGCAGUGGCUUCUCAAGAGGGGUUUCUAAAUAUCGUGGGCAUCCUAAGUAAGUCUUUAACAUUCACAUUGC